GCGAUGCGGAAGUGCCGCGCCGUUGCCCGGCGGUUGCCACCAUGGCGGCGGCGACGGCGGCGGUGGGGGGGGGGCGGAGGAGGAGACCCCGGGGCUGCCACGAAGGCGUCGCGGCGGCUGAAGUUCGGCGCUCUGGGUGUGCUGGUGCUGCAGAACGCGUCGCUGGUGCUCAGUAUCCGCUACGUGCGGACGCUGCCCGGGGAGCGGUUCCUUCCCAGCACCGCCGUGGUGUUGGCCGAGGCCAUGAAGGGCUGCGCCUGCGUCCUCCUGCUGCUCGUCCAGCACCGCGGCAGCGUGCGGCAGACGGCGGUGACGCUGCACGGCGCGGUGGUUUCGCAGCCGGGCGAUGCGCUGCGCCUGGCAGUGCCGUCCCUCAUCUACACCCUGCAGAACAACCUGCAGUACGUGGCCAUCUCCAACCUGCCCGCCGCCACCUUCCAGGUGACGUACCAGCUGAAGAUCCUGACGACGGCGCUGUUCUCGGUGCUGCUGCUGGGCACGUCUCUGUCGCGGCUGCAGUGGUUCUCGCUGGCGCUGCUGUUCGCGGGGGUGGCGUUGGUGCAGACGGAGCAGUCGCAGCCGCCGCCGCCGCCCCCCCCCGGCGCCGCGCCCCCCCCGGGCCCCCCCCAGCACUACGUGACGGGGCUGGCGGCCGUGGGGGCGUCGUGUCUGUCGUCGGGCUUCGCCGGCGUCUACUUCGAGCGGCUGCUGAAGCGCUCGGGGCCGUCCAUCUGGGUCCGCAACGCUCAGCUGGGCGCCGUGGGCACCGUGGUGGGCUUGGCCGCCAUGCUGGCCGCCGAGGGCCGCGCCGUGGCCGCCGUGGGCUUCUUCCACGGCUACACGGCGGCCGUGUGGGCCGUGGUGGUGAACCAGGCGGCCGGGGGGCUGCUGGUGGCCGUGGUGGUGAGGUACGCCGAUAACAUCCUGAAGGGCUUCGCCACCGCGCUCUCCAUCGUGGCCUCCACCGCCGCCUCGGCGCAGCUCUUCGGCUUCCGGCCCCGGGGGGCUUUCCUGGCGGGGACCGGGAUGGUGGUGGCCGCCGUGUAUCUGUAUGGGAGGCCCAGAGGUGGAGGAGGAGGAGGAGGAGGAGGAGGAGGAGGAGGAGGAGCGGCCGCGCAGGAGGAGGAGGAGGAGGAGGGACGCGCAGGCGGCAAGUCAGUGGGAGCGCAGUGACGGGGGGGAGGCGGC